UAUCUUUACUUUCGUUAUUGUUUUUUGCCUUACGCAGAAAGCGCAUGCGCGAAAUGGUACUUCCGUUUCUAUGGAAAUAUCGUUUUGUAAAAAGAUCUAUAAUACACAUUGUUUAAUUUCAGUGUAAUAUGGAAAUUAUUAGAUGGACUGCAUGCUUUAUUUAGAUUUUCUACUGAUUGUUUUGUGGGCUUAAAAUCUAUUUAAUCACAGGCGGAAAUGACGGCACAUUUAGAUAUGAUGAAAAACGAAAUAAGUAAAACAUGCAUGGAAAAGGGAACGAAGAAAUUGUCGAAGAUGUAUGAUGACAUGUUAAGGAAAAACAAAAGUAGAUACAUGACGGGUGAGACAGCUUUCAGUAACUACGAAGCUGACAUGGAACAACUAAAAGAAGAUUUUUUCAAAGCGAAGAAGUUAUAUGACCAAGAUGUUCUAUAUAAGUGUUUUGACGAGUUUACUAAGAGCAAAUCUGAUGAUAAGAUGACACUGUAUCGCAUUGCAACUGGACAAAAGAACAAAGACCAAUACGAUAAAAUUCAAAAUGAAAUAAACAAGCGGAUGGGAUGCCAACUUGAGCGUAUUCUUAUGGAAGAGCACGGAAAAAGAAAUCAAUAUCUGGAGAAAGAACUAGCAGAGCUAAAAGCUAAUUAUGAUGAACUGAGCAAAUCUGUCAAGAAAAGAAGCUUCUGUCCGAUUAUGUAAAGGAUAUGAUUUGUGCUAUUUUAAAGUUUUCGGAAACUAGUUUAAUUUAACAUAUGUAAAGAAGAAAACAGAUUAAAUGUUUCAGUAUUUGCGGCCAGUAAUAUAAUACUUGUAAAUCUUUCCAUAUAUUCUUUUAUAGCAAUUCGUUUUAAUAAAGAAAUACUUUA